CGGGGAGGAAGAGGUUACUUGUACGCUAAUGAUCACCAUAGGCAGGUCUCAGGAUGGUCACUCCUAAAGUUCUGUCUUUUUCCCAGUAAAUUUCUUUUUAAAAAAGCCCAUUCAACAAAUAUCCCGUACUUGCCUUGUGCUGGGUGCAAGGCAGGGUAAGGAAGGAGAGCGAGAUAAGGCCCCAGGAGAAGAUCCCUAGUGGGUCCUGCUGCCCUGGUGGGAGGGGGAUCUGGUCCCUUCACUAGAAAGAGACCCCAGUCUUGCUUUGAACAGUUAUGGGAAGGAAGCGCUUUCCUGGGAUUGGGGCCUGGGGAUCUAGUAAGGACAUGGUCCAGUGAAUCUGGCCAGGGGCUGCCCUCGGAGAUUAGGCUGCAGAUAAGAUGUGUUUAGAAGCAAAGGCAGAAAGGAGGGGGUGCAGAUGCCUGUGGAGCUGUGGGAGUUCCAAGGAGGGGAAGGCAGGGAGAGGAGGCAGGGCUGCUUCAUGAGGGGGAGUAUUGAGUCAAAGCUUGAAGGGGGGCAGCUCCAAGGUGGUAGGAAGGGCCCCUGGCCAGAGGGAGCUGCCCAGCAAGAAGGAGGGUGGGAACACAAGGUCUGUGCUGGGAACUUUCCCACGGGCCUGCAGCCCAAAUGCUCCUGUGAUGUGUUCCCUCCCCCAGUACUGAUAAUAGGGACCUGGUUUCUUGCAGCUUUCUAGUGCCCUCUUAAUUUUUGUUUUUAUUAUUUUUUAAAGAAUGCAAAGGGAUUAUGACUGGAGAGGUCAGAUGGGGACAAAUCGUGAAAUCUUUGAAUUCCAGGCCAACUUUGGUCUUGAUCCUGUGGCAGUGGGAGCCAUUGAUGGUUUCGGAAGAGAGUGAGUGAGCUGAGCCCUCCUUUAGAGCAAUUAAGGCCGUAUUGAGGGAAGGGGGAGUGUGCAGAGUGUGAGCUUUAGAAUCAGAACCCCCACCUGCACCGCCUGUCAGUGGGUUAGGCAUGGAUCGAAGUCCUCAUGAAAAAAUGGGAUGCAAAUAACCUAAUUUUACUGGCAUGCAAAAUUUCCAGAUUCAGCACAGUUGAAGUUUGCAAGUUCAUGUGUUUCAAGGGGCCCUGAUUCUAGUGUCAGCACCCUGGAAAAGGAACUAAUGAAGGGCAGAUUCAAAUGCUGGAGGCAGAGCUGCAGCUGGUGAAUGAAUGAUGUGGGCGCCCACAGGCGAUGCACCUAUGGGGGUACUGAAAACCGGAAGAGCGCUUUCAAGUUCAUACCUUUUAUAAACAUAUCCAGCACCCUCGUUUUGUUGGUGUGUAAUCCCUGCAUCCAGAUCUUCACUAGCCUAAGGUGUUUCUCUUGUGGACUGAAUGUGGUUUGGGACUUGGAAGCGACCACACACGUUGUUCAGUUGAAGCUGCUGACGUCCAGCGGGUGAACGUGCCACUCAGCCAGACAGCGGCAGGGCCAGACGCUGGGAGCCACGUCGUCUGUUUUUUCCACUGUGGUUCAUAGUUUGGCCGUGCCGCUUUCUUUUGUUCAAAUUUCUCCUCCUCUUGGGAGCCUUUCUCUCUGGUGGUAGAGAUAGGGGGAGACUUGUCCUCGUAGAUUGGGAAUCACAGAACUAUCAGAGAUUGCCAGCUCAGCCCUGUCACUGUGACCUUGAGGACACUGUGGCCCCCAAGAGGAAAAGUCAGGGACCCUGGCCACACCGAGAGCUGUUCUCCCAACUGUCUGCUCUUUUUUCUCCUCUGUACUUGAGCUAGGGGCAUGGAGAUGCCUCGGCUGGCUUGGUGGUUUGGUGGUCUGGAGCCACUCCAGAUGGUGUUGAGCCCUCAGACCCUUCAGGGAAUCUGGCCAAGGAGGGCUCCCCCAGUUCCUGGGGUGCAGGAGAUCAGAGGCAGCCAAGAGGCUGCGAAGAGCAUAGAAUGUUUCUAAGGCAGAUGAAGCCUCUCCUUAGGCACUCUGGGUACCUUCCGACCUUGGAGAUCCAAGAACCAGGGUGAAGGUGCCUUUCUUUAAGACUAAAAAGGUCUUUUGAGGUAAUCAUUUCCAAAAGCAGACUCCUCUGUCUUGUUUCUGCAUUACUGACACAAAUGAAUAUCUUUUCUUAAUUAGAUGAAGAAAUUAAGUUGAAGCAACUGUUCCGAUACCUGCCUGGGAUUAGGGCUGAAGGACAGAGCUUGUGUACAACUUUCUCACUCAGCUGUGUGACCUUGGACAAGUGUCUUAACCUCCCUGGAUGCAAUGCUAUAGAGAAAAAUAAGUUCAUGGAGAGCAUGCUGAAGUGUGUCAACCAAUACCUAUAGUCUCCUAGAAUUUGGCACCAGAGAGAGAGGAAACAGUAGUUAAUAUUCAUUAGCGUUUCCCAUCACCAAGUGCUGGUAGGAAGUGCUGUGCAUGGCUGUGGAUCCAGGUCUCCCACAGCCCCACAGGACAGGUGUUGCUGCUGUCUCCAACUUACAAAGGAGAGAGGUGGAGCAAAGAGCAGCUGUGUCGUCCAAGGCCACGCACAUGGUAGAGGUGGAAGCCUGGUGUUCAACCCAGAGUCCUGCAGGAAAGGUACAUUCUGUGCCCUUCAGGGGGCUGUGGUCUCAGGGGUGGACGCCACACACUGACAGAUUGUUCUAACAGUGGGGUCGGUGUGCCGAGUGCCGUGGGGCGUGGGAGGGGCACCUCAUUUCUGCCCAUGUGGGGAGGAGUGCGACCAGAGCUGGUGAUGCUGGGCCAGUACUUAAAGGAUGAGUCCAAGUUAGCCAGGAUAAUUGGAGGGUCAAGGUCAGAUUCUGGGCCUGGGAACAGCAAGAAACAGCCUGGGUGGGCAGGGAACUUAGAGCCAGCGCAGCAACGCUGAGCCAGCAGCAGGCUCUGCCCCGGGCAUGUCGGAGGGUGGGCCGGCUGUCUCUGAAAGUGAGGUUUUCACUGUUUGGUUUUGGAGCCUCUGUCCCUGUGCCAAGUGCCCUGCUGAGUCUGAUAGCUCCCCGAGCCCCAGGCCUGGAGGGACCCUGGUGGCAGAGACCUUCUCCCACUUCUCCACGUGGCCAGCCUGUCCUGAGGGAAAGAGCCGCUGGAUGCACAUCUGCACACCAGGACCCCAGGGUUUGGCCAGAAGGCAGCUCCUCUCCUCCCAGGACUUCUCAGAGACUGCUCUGCCAUGACCACAGCGCGGUACCGGCCCACGUGGGACCUGGCCCUCGAUCCGCUGGUGUCGUGCAAGCUCUGUCUCGGGGAGUACCCGGUGGAGCAGAUGACAACCAUCGCCCAGUGCCAGUGCAUCUUCUGUACUCUGUGCCUGAAACAGUACGUGGAGCUCUUGAUCAAAGAAGGAUUAGAAACUGCAAUUAGCUGCCCUGAUGCCGCGUGCCCCAAACAGGGCCACCUGCAGGAGAACGAGAUUGAGUGCAUGGUUGCAGCUGAAAUUAUGCAAAGAUAUAAAAAGCUACAAUUUGAAAGAGAGGUGCUCCUGGACCCCUGUCGGACUUGGUGCCCGGCGUCCACCUGCCAGGCUGUGUGCCAGCUCCAGGAGAUUGGGCUGCAGACCCCACAGCUGGUGCAGUGCAAAGCGUGCGACAUGGAAUUCUGUUCCGCCUGCAAAGCCAGCUGGCACCCCGGACAAGGCUGCCCUGAGCCCAUGCCAGUCACCUUCCUUCCUGGGGAGACCAGCUCCGCUUUCAGACUGGAGGAGGACGACGCGCCCAUCAAGCGCUGCCCCAAGUGCAAGGUCUACAUCGAGCGGGAUGAAGGCUGCGCACAGAUGAUGUGCAGGAACUGCAAGCACGCCUUCUGCUGGUACUGCCUUGAGUCUCUGGACGAUGAUUUCCUCCUGAUCCACUACGAUAAAGGACCCUGCCGGAACAAGCUGGGCCAUUCCAGGGCUUCUGUGAUCUGGCAUCGGACACAGGUCGUGGGCAUUUUUGCUGGAUUUGGGCUCUUGCUCUUGGUGGCCUCGCCUUUCCUGCUCCUGGCCACUCCAUUUGUACUUUGCUGCAAGUGCAAGUGCAGUAAAGGCGAUGACGACCCAUUACCCACCUAGAGGAAGGCAUGAUGCUGGAACAAGACCCCUGCCUCCGGGAAGCGUGGCUCUCCCCAACCCCAUCCUGCCGUCCCCCUCUCACUAAACAUCUUUCUUGCCUUAUGUGCCCCAUUGAGCUUCACAGUGUCACGCUGGAUGCCGUGAUUUCAGGGACUGACGUCAGAACGUUUGCCAAGGCCCCGAGUGCAGUCCCCUAGGCAUGGGGAAGGCAAGGCUGGCAUGGGAGGGCACGUCCCCACAGAAUUGGUCUCUGCAGACUUGACAAGGGAGGUGCUAUAUGAAGCACCCUGGGCAGUUUUCUCCCUAUGGUGAUAGACCAGGAACGUCUGGUGGUUGCUCAAGAGACCUCCUCGUGCAAAAUGUCGUCUAUCUCCUCCUUGGCUUCAAGAUGGCGCCACAUUACUGAGAGAAGAAGUCUUUUAAAGAUUGCAACACACUUCAGACAGAAUCCGGUUAUUCUGACUUGAGAAAAGCACUCUGUUUAUGACAACUGUUUUUAUUACUAAUGGCAUUUAGUAAAAUCCUUUUUAGAAGGUGUUUUUUUCUUUUUUUCCAACUAAUUAGUGAAAACUCAACAAGGUGCAUCUAAACCAUCCUAUGCCUUUCUUGAAAUGUGCAUUUUAAGAAGUUAUCGUUAAACGACUUUUCUGGCUCUGCCACUUUUCAGGAGAUUUAGAAAGCCUUAUGCGCUCUAUGUGUUUUUUCUUGAAACUCGUAAUGCCUUUUUGAAUGCUGUAAGCUGCGUCCCGUUAUAAACGUGCUUCCCCUAUGGUUGCAUCUCUUUGAGAAUACUGACGUUUUAAAGGAGCAUCUCCAUCAUUAGAUUUGCCUUUUGUUCUUUCUCUCUUUGGUGAUUAAACUCAGCUCACAGGGCUUAUAUCUUCUCACCCAGGUAUCAGCACAUAUUUUUCAAUGUCUUCAGAAACCAAAUGUUUUACUUGGAAAUAGCUCUUCUGGGAAUCUCUCUGGUUCUGGUUGGCCGCUUGCCUCAGUCUCCCCAGGCAGACAGUAAGCAGAGAAUAGUGCUAUUGACCCACAGAGGCAGGGCCUCCUGGCACGGCUGAGGACUCCUGGGGUUUGGAGGAGAAGCUUCCUGGAUUUUCACAGUUUUUCAAAUGACUGAGUUAUUUCGGAGAGGUCAUUUAUCUUACACAGUUCCAAGCCCGGUUGCUAACCAUUUUGCCCCUGCCGAAAAGUACCUUCUGUUUCACUUAGUCAUUUUGAUGGGGGAUGUGGCACUCCCUCUUUCACAGGCUGUUACCACAGUAGCAGAAUGCACAGAUCAAUAAGACACAGGUAACUCAUCAAUUGGCUCUGAAAAGUGGGGAAAGCGUAUUCUUUACAGUUGACUUUGAUUUGGCUUCUAAAGCCGAACGUGCUUUUAAAGAGCAAACUAAUUGCCUUGAACUUGGGACUUCUAAAAAUAGUCGAAAGGCUAAUGUUGUAGAUUUAUUAUAGUAGAACUUUUUAAAACUUAUUAAGCAUUCCAGAAAGGAGUAAAAUGAAAACAAAAUCCGACUUUUAUCACACGUUUGCUUGUUGCAAGCACCUUGGUCAAAUGUGGUGGUCUUUUGUCUCUGCCUUCCACAUCGUCCAUCGGUCUCAGGUCCUGCUUUCCCCGUGCCUCUAGAAAUGUCUUCUUUAUUUCUUAACAUUUAUAGGUUAGGAGAAACAGGAGCACCUCACGUUUCACCUCUAGGGUUUCUUCUCUUUGUGAAACUGAAGCCAUUUAGGAAACCAGUCUGUGUCAAAAUUAUGUUCAAAAAAUUCUCCUUAUAAUUGCAGUUUAAAAAUUCCAUAACUAAAUGAGAGCAUGCCUGAGACUGUCUUUCUGGAAGAAGCCCUAGCAAUGAGUCUCUGUGCUUGGAGAUGUUGCGAUAGGUCUGGUGGGAGAAUGGCUUUUCUAGAGAGAGAGACAAAUGCAUGAGGCCUGAAGAUGAAGCUGGUGGCCUGGGCCUCAGGCCUCAUACUGGGAUUUGUGAAUGCACUUAUCUAGCCAGUGCCCGUUAAAAUGUAUAUGGAAGACAGCAGGCUCUUGGCCCCAGGUCCAGUGGCCCACCGGGCAGGCCAUCCCCCCUCCCUGUCCAUCCUGCCUGGACCAGCUGCUGCCCACUGCACCAGGCAGAAGUCCAUACAGUGGCACCCCUUACUUGGGGGUAGGAACCAGAGUCUUUGGGAAGAUUUCGUUCCCUGAGUUCAGAUCCCUUCAUUCCUAGUGAAUCAGGCUGUCCAUCUGUCCUGGAGGAGUCCAUCGCCAAAUCAUGCACGUGCAUAGCCCCAACUGUCCUUGUGCCUUCACCUCUGACACAUAUCACAAGCACCUGGUUCGACCCAGGGAGGGACCACAGAGAUUCUGGGGCUGGCCGGGGCCAAAGCUGCACUUACUUGCUCUGAGUUUUUGCAUCAAGUGUGCCUCAGUGGGCUCAGUUUGACUCAGUAAUAAAAAAAACUGAAGCCUCCCUUCCCCAGAAAGACACCAGCAGAAUCGCAUUGAGAUCCUUCCAUGAACUUGCAUUUCCCUCGUCUGACUCCUUUUUUAAGUAAGGAAUGCUAUCCCCAUUGUUUGUGGGGAAGCGAUGUCAACCAUGCUUGAUGUAAAGUGUAGAUAGAACGUGGGAAGAUGGCCCAUGUUUUGGAUUUUAACCUCGCAGUCACUCCCUAGUGAAACCUGAGGAGUUCUGCACUUAGCAGGUGUACUCACUCCUGUUAUUCGGCACAGUUUGUCUUAAUUGAAAAUGAGAUUCACUUUUACAGAUGAUUUUCACGCUGACCCUCUGGAAGCCCAUGUCUGUUUAUUCAUUUAGAGGCCUUUAAAUGCUCGGGAGGAGGGAAGAAGACCCUUCCAAAUGGACCAUGGCUGACUCUACUGCUGUCCAGUGGGCUUGGCGAUGGAGGGCACCAUUGACCUGUCGGUUAUCUGAGUCCCUUGUGUAACUGACCCCAUUGUGAGGUUUUACUGGUCGUGCCUGAUCUCCAAGUCUGGCUCUGUCAUGUAUCCUGUAGCCCAGCCACUCAAGCUUUUCAAUCGUCACCUGAGGCCAGCACCUUCAGAGGAGUCACCAUCUAUGAGGACUGACUAGGAUCUGAGCAGAAACAAACCCUUUGACUGCUCGAAUUGCCAUCCAAACCAGUUCUUCCUCAACGCCCAGGAGUAGCUGCAGACUAAGGAACCAACGUCUGCCUUCUCUGGCAUCUUUUUCAAGGGGGACACAUCCUCUUUACAGCAUAUUAUUCCAUAAGACCGGUUUAGGAACCGGGCCAGUUUCUGAUUAGAAUACAGGGCCCAUGGGAAAGGGAUCAUCAGAUAUGGAAAAGAUACUCCAAGAUGAGUUUAUCCCUUUUCACCUACAUUAUAAAAGUUAAAACUUAUUUAACAAAUUAGAAGAGGACAUUUUCCCUUGGUAGUCUUUAAAAAUGUGGAAAUUGAAAGGACCAGGGUGAGCUCUUUUGUAUAUUUCUCGGAUUCUCAUUUAUUAAUAAUACUCUUGUGUGUAUCAAUCAUAAUGAAAUCAUCAAGGGAAAAUAUUUUGCAUGUAUAAAGCUUUGUGAAAGUCUUUAAAAAAUACCAAAGCUUGUCUGUUCCUUAGAAUAAACCCAAGCCCUGAUGAAAAUAAACAAAAUGAAGAGAUUAUGACUGGUAUUGCCAAAAAUGCCAAGUGGAACCAAGGGUCCUGCGUUAAAAUGUAAUUGCUAAUGCAUCAGAAGUGGGAGAGCAUGCUGUUUGGUAUCAAGCCCGUGGCCUCCAUCCUUCCUCUAAUUUGUGUAAUCCUGGCUUCCACAAUUCCAGGAUCCUUCACUUAGGGGUAGGUCCCUGCCACAUGCCUGACCAUUCCUUCCUUCUUUGCUCAUUUUACCAUGUGUGUAUUUUAACCUUGUAUAAAAAUAAUGCAUGAAUGAGUCAUGCACAUGUAUACAUGAUAUAUUUGACAAGUGGUGGUAAAAAAAAAACAAGUUUGGUUUGUGUUUUUGAAAUGUCAAUACAUUUUGUGCCACUAACACUGUGAUGUAUAAAAGAGCUGUUUGAAUGCCUUUUAAUGUUGUGUUUUGUACUUUGGAAUCAUAUGGAAAAGUUUGGUUUGUAAUUUCAAUACAUAUUUUAAAUGUAUUGUCUCUUACGUAGUUUGUCCCCCCCUUUAGAAGGGAUUUCUUUUUAAAGAUAUUUUGGCUGGAAUACAGGUUACUUUUUUUAAAUCC